UUCUUACUUCCAUUUUGCCCAUGGAAUAAGGAGGUUGAUUCAACUUUGGAUCUCUGCAUUCAACCGGCCACAGAUCAAUAAAGCAUUGUUGCUGUUGAACAGCCUAUUUUUAUUAAAAAGAAUAAAGAAUAACACUUUUAUUUUUUUUAAUAUGAUUAUGGAUAACUCCAAUAAGGACGGCAAUCGAGAGAGUGAGAGUAUUUUGCAUUCCGAUCAACAAAACUCGUUUAUUUCUUAUUCAACAUUUUCAGACAAUCUAAACAAGUCUGACGAUGCCAACGUAACAUCUUCUCUGGCUCACUCGAAUGGAGAUGUCAGUAUUGUAAACAAUAGCAGACCAUCUGGCACCGCAGUAUGGAAAGUUCUUCCUGCACUUUUAUUAGGAAUUAUUUUGUCUGCUCUAGAUAAUACCAUCGUUGCUUCCACAUAUACCAAGAUCGGCGCUGAGUUUGGCAAGUUCAAUGAAAUAUCCUGGGCGGCUACUUCAUACAUGAUAGCAUGUACAGCCUUCCAACCAUUAUUUGGACGGUUUUGUGAGAUAUAUGGAAGAAAAUCAACUCUUCUAUUUGCUUAUUCCGUUUUCGGACUUGGUUGUUUCUUCUGUGGUUUAUCCCAGUCACUUUAUCAGCUUAUUAUCGCUCGUGCCAUAGCUGGCAUUGGAGGAGGCGGCAUGAACUCCACGGUUACUAUUUUAAUGAGUGAUUUGGUACCUUUAAAACAACGUGGAACAUACCAAGGUAUUAUAAACGUAUUUUUUGCGGUCGGUUCUAGUUUGGGAGGACCCGUAGGUGGAUUUUUUGCGGACCAAUUCACUUGGAGAUUAGGAUUCUUUAUCCAAGUUCCUUUGCUAGUAGUCGCAUUCCUUUCGGUCACCUUUUUUCUUAACCUUCCUCACCAUAGUCGGGAGAGUUUUACUGAAAAAUUUUCGAGAAUUGAUUGGUUGGGUCUUCUUCUUCUAACUUCAGGUGUCUUCAACAUGACUUUUGCUUUGACUCUCGGAGGAAACACAAGACCCUGGUCCGAUCCUCUGGUCGCGAUGCUUAUUUUAGGAUCGUUCAUCUCAUACUCUAGCUUUUUAUAUGUCGAGACGUACGUUUCCGAAGAGCCUUUAGCCCCUAUAACAGUACUUACCGACAGAACAUGUCUAUCUGCCUAUCUUUGCAACUUCUUCCAAAGUCUGUCUCAACUUAGUUGGAUUUAUUCAUUGCCAGUUUAUUACCAGGCUGUAAUGAAUCAAAGUACCGAGAAAUCUGGUGUUUGGCUUAUUCCAAUGAUUGUUGGUUCAAGUAUCGGUUCCUUGCUUGGUGGAAUAGUGAUAAAUCUGACAGGGAAUUAUAAGAGAAUUACUGUAUUUAGUUAUUUUCUUGCAUUUGUUGGAGCUCUUAGUAUGUUGCGAUAUGGUUUAAAUACCCAAGUUUGGGAAUACAUUUUGUAUCCUUUUCUAGGUGGUUUGGGUACUGGAAUCUCUAUUACAACAACCCUUGUUGCAAUUAUUCACGCAUCUCCUUCGGCAUUACAAGCUUCUGCUAUUGCUACUUCAUACUUAUUCCGUUCUAACGGAUGCGUUCUCGGCGUCUCGAUUUCAACUUCUAUUGUUCAGACAUCGUUAAAACUCCAGUUAAGAAAGUAUUUUGAUUAUGGACUGGAUGAACUCAUUCGCCAGUUACAAAAAGAUAUCUCAUAUGUUCAUGUUCUUCCUGAGCAAAUCCGUGUUGUUGUUGUCCGUGCGCUUCUGACAAGUGUGCACUAUACAUUUUUAUUCACAUCUGUUUCAUUUUUUGUUGCAUUAUUGAUAUCUUUGUUCAUUCGUAGUCAACAAAUCUAAUCUCAGAUUUGACUGACAAAGAAUGGAACAAAUCAUAUCGCUGUCCUUAAUUCUUUUUCCCCAUUAAUUUUUGUCCCAGUAUUGCUUGAAAUUGUUAGUUUAAUGUUCUUGUGCUUUUAUUUUUACUAAUUGUCCCUUCCUUUAUUGCUAUUUUCCUUGUAAGUAUAUACUACUCAAUAAUAUCCUUUCGAAACUAUAAUGACAAAUAAAAUCCAGUCA